AUGUCAAAUAAUCGGUAUUCCUCUCUCAACCGGCGCGCCGCUCCGGCCUCCUCCCUCUUCCAAGACUACCCCGGCUCACGGCCCUCAUCAUCCUCCUCCGCCCAACGACCCUCCAGUUACGCAUACUCCCAGCCCUCCGCAUCCUCCUCGUCCCCUUACCUAAAUCCGCACCCAAACUCAAACCCGUAUAGCCACUCAAACGGCUCGACGACGCCCUCCGGCGGUGGUUUCCGGCCCGCAACACCCAAUUCGCGGGGCCAAUACUCCGCCUCGGUGCUCGAGGAACUCGAGUCCCAAAAUGAAAUCACCCAGACGACCCUCCUCAGCCAGAAGGUCUCGCAGCUCAAAUCGCUCACUGUGGCCAUUGGCGAUGAAAUAAGAGACUCCAGCGCCUUGGCGAGCCAGAUUAACGACUCGUUCGAGAACACGGGCGUGAGGUUACGCGGCACGAUGCGUCGGAUGCUGAGGAUGGCCGAACGAACGGGCGUGGGCUGGAGGGUUUGGCUACUCUUCUUCGUGGCCGUCUGGGCGCUCUUUGCGUGGGUGUGGCUGUUUUGA